GAGUCACAGUCUUGCUGCCGAGAUGCAGAUGCCAGGUGCUCCACUGGUUGUCUGCCUUUUGGUGAUCACCAGUUUGGAAUUGACAGCAGGUAAUCCUCUGUGGAGUCUUGACCAAGUGGGAGCCUACUUCAGUGGCAUCUUCCGCUCCAUUGUGGGUCCACUCUUUGGCUUCGGUUUCGGAACCAAUAGCACCGCCCUAUAAAGCUAGAUCUGCUUACCGCACCAGUCCGAAGGGAACC